UUCCUUUUUUUUCCCUUUGUCUGCUGCAUGCAAGUCCUAUAAAAUUUGUAAACCUUUGUAAUGUAUUUAUUAAUACUAUAUUUUUGUAAUUAUUAAUAGGUAGGUACAUAAUUUAGAUGAAUUUAAUGUUCGUAAAAAACUGAUGUCAGAUAAAAGUGUGCAAAUGCCAAUUAAAAUAACAAAAGUUUAUCAAUUUUCAGUGUAACACUAGCGUCAAAUUCCCAAAAAUUACUAAUAGACCACGAUGGCGGUGCUGACGAUGCUAUGGCAAUAUUCAUGGCAUUAUUAAAUGAGAAACAUUUUGAUGGACCAAAAGUAGUUGGCAUCACAACAGUCCAUGGAAAUGUUAACGAGCCACAAGUCUUCGAAAACACUCAAAGGAUAUUGGACAUUGCUGACAGAAGAGAUGUACCAAUAUACCGCGGAUGUCAAUCAGCUCUCAUGAAGGAUUAUCCCACUGAUGGUUAUUUUGGUCACGACGGACUCGGAGAUAAUUCCACGAAGUCAUUUAAACCAAUCAAAGCGAAGUCUGAUUAUGCGUCAGUUGCUAUGAGCAAACUGUCGAAGAAGUAUAAAGAUAAAUUAACAAUUGUUACGUUGGGGCCACUUACCAAUAUGGCCGUAGCUAUAAAGUUGGACCCAGGAUUGUUAGCCAGGAUUUGGCAAUUGUAUGUCGCAGCUGGUAAUAUUUACACUAAUGGCAUGAAACUAGAAUUUAACGUUAAAAUGGACAUAGAAGGCUACUUCGUCGUUAUUCACAACGGGCUGGCAGACAAACUUACACUCAUUCCGUCUAAAGUGAAAAAGUCCCUAAAUUUGGGGAGGCAAUGGCGUAAAGAUACUUUCGGCGAAAUAAAGUCAGAUAUAGUGCGGUCUCUAAAUAUAUUUGAGCGCAUAUCCCUACCUAAGACCAACGAUUGGGCGCCAUUAGACCCUGUAGCGAUGUCCAUUGUUCUGGAUUCGUCGAUUAUAAAAGAGCUAAAGUUUACUCUGAAUGGAAUAUUUUUAUGUGGAAACUCGAAAGGGAGAAAUACAAAUGAUUUCAAGUCAAAAUCGCCGAAACAAAGAUUGGUGUUCUCUUGCAACAAGGAGCCGUUUAGGGAAUUUUUGAUGAAAAUAUUUUCAGCUGAUGACAAUAAGCAUGACAGAGAUGAAAAUGAUGAUAGCCACGAUCACCAUCAUGGCCAUCAUCAUGAUCAUCACCAUCAUCAUCACGACGAUAGUGACGAUGAUGAUUAAACAAAAUUAGUACCUACUGUGUAAUUCUGUUUUAUUAAACAACGAUCGUUAUCAAUUAUCAUGAUCACUAUUAUCAUAACAACGAUGAUGAUGAUGAUGAUAAAUAUGUUUAAGUAAAUAAAAUAUAAAUAAUUUUCCUUAAAAUUCUGUAAUCUGUAAUUGUAAAUUAAAAAUUGUGUGCAAUA